CCCCGUCCACCUUGUUGGUGGGUUGACUCUUCACGGGUCCGUUAGUCCCGGGACUGUAGGUCUGGCUGCUGUAGUCUUUAGCUUUAGACAUUCUGCAGCUUUUCUUUCUCAGAGGGAGAACACCUGAGAGCUGAGCUGGUGAGCGGUGAAGGUGAAGGUACCUUCAGCCUGUUGUUCACCUGCUUUUAAGGUGCAGGAGGACCUCCCCAUCACCUCCCCAUCACCUCCCCAUCCUCUGCAUCUGUCCAAUGAGAAGAAGACAAGUGCAAAGUUACACCGCAGUGAUGCCUUCAAACACAUCCGCCAGCAUGUUCGGUGGAGCCGGAGGCAGGGGCUCCAGAGUCUCCGUGGCCAGCCUGGAGGGUCUGCGCAGCGUGCUGCGUAACGAGCCGGAUAAAGACUCCGCUCCUGCAGCUAAAGCCAAACCUGCAGCGGAUCCUGCUCCAGCCCCCGCAGCUCAGCCCGCAGCCCCCGCUGACGACAAGCAGACUCUGCGAGGUCUGAACGACAGGCUGUCCGGGUUCCUGGGCAGGGUGAGGCAGCUGGAGAAGGAGAAUGGAGACAUGAAGAAGCAGAUUGAUGACAUUUUGGCGAAGAGGAAGGCUCCAGAGGGACGGGACUGGGAUGAGGUGGAGAAACCUCUGGAUGACCUCAAGAAACAGAUUAAAGACCUCACCAUGGACAACGCCAAGCUGCUGCUGCAGAUUGACAACACCAAUCUAGCCAAUGAUGACUUUAAGGAUAAGCUGGAAGAUGAGAAAAAGGCCCGUAAAGAGCUGGAAAAAGACGUGGAGGAUUUGAAGAAGACCAUUGAGGACACCAAGUUGAAUGUCAAGCAGAGGCAGGCAGAGAUCGACCUGGUGAAGGAGGAGAUCGCUCGCCUGGAGAAGGAGCACAAAGAGGAGGUGGACGACCUGUGUGACAAGAUCAAGGACUCUGAAGUGAAGGUGGAGAUCGAUUCCCACAACUCAAACCAGGCUGAGGCGCUCAACAAGAUCCGCCACCAGUACGAGAAGCUGGCCAAGAAGAACCUGAAGGAGACUGAAGACUGGUACCAGAGCAAGUUUGAGCACAUCAAGGUAGAGCAGGCCCAAAACAACGAGGCCUUUACAACUGGAAAGACCGAGCUGAAGGAUCUGCUCAAACAGAAACAAACCCUGGAGAUUAAGAUCCAAAGUCUGCACAGCAUGAACCACAAUCUGGAGGAAACCCUGAAAUUCUCCAAAGUGGAGUACGGUCAACGCCUGGCCCCGCUCAAUAAGCUGAUCCUGGAGCUGGAGGGAGAGCUGAAGGAGGUGAGGGCAGAGGUGGAGCGCCUGGUGGAAACCAACAAGAACCUGCUGUGUGUGAAGAUGAAGCUGGAGGCAGAAAUCAAUAACUACCAGCAGCUGAUGCACGGCAUGAUGGCAGAACCCGAGAGCUCGGAGUUUUCUUUAGAGGACGCGCUGAGUAGCGACCAGCCAAAGCCUAAGGCUAAAGUGCAAGAACAAGUGAAGGAAGAUGUUCUUGUGGAGCAAGCAAGUACCCCCUCUUUUGAAUCUGCAACCCCCAAAGCCCCUGAAGAUUCCCCUGCCCUGGAAGAAGAGCUCAAUAAGGCCGAAGAGGUUGCUGUCGACAAAGCAGCAGCAGCAGCUCCCAUCCCACCAAGCGACGGCUCAACUAAAAAGAAAACAAAGAAAAACAAAAAGAAGGAUUCUAGCUCUUCCUCUUCCUCUUCUUCCUCCUCCUCCUCCUCCUCUUCUUCUUCUUCCUCUGAUGAUGAUAAAAAGCCUAAGAAUGAGGGUGAAGUGGCCAAAGCCUGAGCUCUAUUCUCUGUAAUGAAUGGUUGACUGUAAACCUGUACAACUAUCAUGAGAUCAAUGAGAUGUAAUGUCUGAACUGUGAAAUAAACUCAUUUGAACUCAA